UCGGAGGCUCCGGUUCGAACCCCGCCUCCGAGGAACCCUGGCCCAGUGGCCAAAGCCAGAGACAGCAAGGGAAGGCGGCUGCGUCCUGGGCUUCCAGGAGCCGCUAUGGCAGCCAUGGAUAUCCAGGAUGCAAUGGCUGUCUAUGAAACGUGGAAGAGAAUGGCUAUCUAUGGAUAGGGUUGCCUUCUGUAUCUCUCUUGGUUGCUGGCGUUUGAUGGCGACCUUCUCCUGGGCUUUCCUUGCCAAGGUCAUGAUGGUGACCCUUUGAGGCCGAGAGAGUGUGAUCUGACCAAGGAGCUGCUGCUGCUUCGGCCUUCCUGCUGCCCCUCCGGUUGAUGCCGCUGCGGUGCUCCGCCAUGGCCACCCUCAACCAGAUGCACCGCCUGGGCCCUCCCAAGCGUCCUCCUCCUAAGGUAGGUCCGCUGGGCGGCCACCCGCAGCUGAAAGGGGUCGUCCUGAAGACCAUGAUCCGCAAGCCCAAGAAGCCCAACUCGGCCAACCGGAAGUGUGCCCGCGUGCGGCUCAGCAACGGCAAGGAGGUGAUCUGCUUCAUCCCGGGCGAAGGGCACAACCUCCAGGAGCACAACAUCGUCCUGGUGGAGGGCGGCCGGACGCAGGACCUGCCAGGGGUCAGGCUCAAGGUCGUGCGCGGCAAAUACGACUGCGCCCACGUCCAGAAGAAGAAGUGAGCGCCGAUCGCAUGAGGAGAUCCUGCCGGGGUCGAGUGGCUUCCUUCCAGCAACAGAGAAGGAGGCUGAGCUGGUGACUGCAGUCGGUUGGGGGCCGGAGCCCAAAAUUAAACUCCUGGGGCCCUGACUUUCCAGGUCAGGAAUCUGAACAUUUCUUCCUUCUCUUGUUAUUCAAAGAACACAAGGGUUAAGAGAGCAAAGGGAGAUGGGCAAGAUGCUGUUCUGUUUUGGAAUAAAAAGUCAUUGGCAGAGAUGCCCUACA